ACGCUCGUUUAUUGGUGAACGUUUUGUUGGAACCGAACAAAUAUGAAACUGCUGCUGGACUCCUCCUCGUCUCUCCUUUUCUCGCUACUAUUGGCUCAGCUGCCCGUGUUCUCGUCGGCCUCUCCGGUCCAGCAACGGAAGCUCCAGCCCCAAGAUCUUGAUAGAUUGUCCAAUCAGACCAAAAAUCUACUGAAACUCACGCAAGACCUGCUGAGGGAGCAUGCGUUUGAUGCAGACUUGGAGCCCCACCGAUUCAGGACCCUGCCAGCCAUGAGCCAGAGAGCAGCCAGCGACCUCCAGAACCUUGAGUUGAAGCCCACUCUGUCCAAGCUGCAUGCUGACCUGAAGCUGUUUGAGCACCACUUUGAGUGGUUGAACCGAGUGUCCAAGAAGCACCAACAUCCGUCACUGCCCAAAUUGGCAGAGAUCAUCAGAGAGAUGAAAAACUUGAUGAACCUCCUCAACCGUCAGAUCGUGACUGCGGGCGCCUCAAGGCUACCCCACGUGGCUCCCUCUCUCCCAACCAGCCUCCCGUACCAGUUUGAUGUUCUACAGUCAUCCCAUGAGCUCCUCCAGCAGUUUAAACUGUUCUGUGAUUGGGCAUACCGGGCAUUCAUCAGCCUUAAACCCAAGGCUUCUGCUGCACCUUAAGGUUCGCUGGACUACUUUUAUGGUUUCAGAACCAUCAUGGAUGCUUGGAUCCCACACAUCAGGCAAAGGGCUAUCGAGAUCAUGUCAAUGGGCACUGUAGCCACUAGCAACCAUGAGAAGUCCAAACUUCAAGACAGAAAAUUUAUAUUGGGGAACGAGUCAUUCCACCAGAGCCUAAAUGGAUGCCCCAUACGACACAGAGAUGAGGCUUUCAAAGAUUUGCCUUAAGGGGAACUGCCAAUUGUUUUUAGAUGAAAUGUUCAAGUUUUCAAAUAAUAUUUCUUGAAUGCAUUGUUCAUGACCACAUUAUUUAUGUAUUUAUUUAUUUAUUGUUAAAUUAUUUAAUAUUAUUUAUUAAAUUUUGUACUGAUUUGCUCUUAACUUUAUGUCUUUAUAAACAUGGUCUAUAUCUCUAGAUUUUUAAUCCUUUAUCGCGAUCUAAUCGAACCCUUAAAAAGCAUUACCAGCACCCACAGAAGCAUUUCCUUAACAUAGCCUCACUGCAACCCUUAGUAGUAGAAAACAUUUAGAAUAGUCAAGUAUUUUCGGUCUCUCUUCCUUCUACUAUCUAUCAAAGUGCUACACACUUUUCAAAUAAACAUUUCAAGGGUUAAUAUAUUUGCACCUUAUUCAUGGUGGUGUUAAAUGAUGGCUUCAGAAAUCACAUUUAUCUAGGAUGGCACUCAGAAAUCAGAGGAGUUAUUUUGUACCGUGGGUUGAAAUAUGUGUUUACAGUGGCUGUUCCUCCGAAUCUGAGUGAGGAGGAGCAUAUCUAACAUUGUGGUCAAGUGAAUGUGCCCUUUUGUUGAGCACUGAUGGAUCUGAUUAGAAACUUUGCACAAACUUGUUAGCAUGAGCCUAUUGGAUGAAUGGGAUGAUUUUGAAACUGUGCCUUAGGGUGGAGAAUGAAUACGUAAUUAUUUUGUUUUAUUUUUAUAACUGACACCACCACAUACAACUUGCACCCAAAGCCUUAAAAUACCAUGUAUUGUGAUACCCUGGUUCUGCAGUUGUACACAAAUGUACAAGAAUGUCAAUUGUUGCAUACAAUGUUGUUUAUUAUUAAUUGUAUAUUAUAUUGUUUUAUAUAACAUAAUUUAGAAUACCGUUAAUAAUAUACCUAUCAUUUUGUCCAUUUUAAUAUUAUUCUAUUUUAGUAUUUGUUACCGUGUUGCCUAUUUAUUUAAGUUACUUUAGUGGAACUAUUUAUUUUUGCGCUGAACAGGAGCGAGUCUCCUCUGUUUUUGUACUUUUAUACUAUUUUUAAUCUUAUUUACAAUUGUACAAUCAUGUUUAAAUUAUUGCUGUAACACAAUUAUGACUUCAACAUACUGAUUGGCCUCAAUGUGAAAUAUUCAAAUCAAGCAAAAUAAAAUAAAAUAAAAAAU